UCACCCCGCCCACAGCGGUGAUCGUCGUGCCAGGUGGAGGAAGACGGUCCGGUUUUUAGCCUCCCCUGAAACCCCUACACCUGGAUUCGUUGUCGGGGCAGCGGAGGGAGGGCGGCGUGUUCACGGGGCCCGAGAGGAGCCUGGGCCGGUUAGGAGCGGAUCUGACCCGGUUUGGACCGGGUUCGCACCGCCGGGGAAGAGAGAAGGAGGCAAAGUUUGCUCCGGCUUUUCACGCUCUGUCGUCAGUCAUGUUCAGGUAGAGACCGGCUCCGUGGUGCCCGUCAUGCUGAAGCGUCUGGACAGGAUCCGGUUCCGGGGCCAGAGAAGGGACGAGUUCCUGGAUCUGGCCGAGUCCCCCAACACGUCCGACACAGAAUGCGCUGAGGAGGUCGUGACGAAACCUCGCGUCUCCGUCAGAGAGCAGGAGGAGCCCAGGGAGGUGGAGGGAGAGCAGCAGAGUGAGGCCCAGGCUGGUCCAGGAUCAUUUUCUGCAGCUCUCCAAGACGACCCGAGGACGGAUCUGAACGAGGUCAAAGGGCACCUAGAAAUCGCUUUGUUAGAGAAACACUUCUUACAGGAGGAGCUGAGGAAACUUAAGGAGGAGUCCAACGUGGACUCGCUGAGGCAGGAGCUGGAGAAGGAGCGCUGCAGACGUGUCGAGGUGGAGCAGAAGAUGAACGACGUCCUGAGAUCCAGGCUUGAGGACUCCCCCUCUCAGACACCCAAAGCCCCGCCCCCUCCUCCACCUGCAGGCAGCGGUACAGACAAACAGAAGGAGACUCUGUCCAACAGCUUCCUGAAAUGGCUCUAUGACCGUUUCGGCGUUUACAUCGAGGACUUCCGCUUCCAGGCGGAGGAGAAGACGGUGGAGACGGAGGAGCCGCUGAGCGCCAAGAGGUUGACAGAAAACAUGAGACGGCUCAAACGGGGGUUCAGACCUGUGACCAACUUCAUGAGGAACCUGUCCGCCUUGUCCAGCUGGUACUCCGUCUACACGUCGGCCAUCGCCUUCAUCGUCUACAUGUAUGCAGCGUGGCACGGCUGGGCCGUCCCCAUGUUCCUGUUCCUCGCCAUCCUGCGCCUGUCCUUGAAUUACCUCAUCGCCAGAGGCUGGAGGAUCCAGUGGAGCAUCGUACCUGAAGUCUCAGAGCCCAUGGAGCCUCCUAAAGAAGACCUGACGGUGUCGGAGAAGUUCCAGCUGGUCCUGGACGUCGCUCAGAAAGCGCAGAAUCUGUUUGGGAAGAUGGCCAGCAUCCUGGAGAAAAUAAAGAAUUUGUUCAUGUGGGUGCAGCCAGAGUUAACUCAGAAGCUGUACGUUGGUCUGUGGGUGGCCUUCAUCUCCUCCUGCCUGCUGCCGUACAAACUGCUGGGAUUCAUCAUAGCUGUGUACGCAGGUAUAAAGUUCUUCAUCAUCGACUUCAUCUUUAAGAGCUGCCCCAAGCUGCGGCAGCGCUUCGACACCCCCUACAUCAUCUGGACCAAUUUACCCACCGACCUGCAGCUGAAGGAGCGCGGCAACACCACGCUGAGCAGACGGGUUCCCGCCUCGGGGGGGCGAGGCAGCCUGAGUGCCGCGGCUCCCUUGGGUGUCAGCCGGGACGAGGACGGAGGACGAUACUACAGCACCAAGAGAGGAGCUUUUCACGAGGUCUUCAACCUGCCGGAGAGUGAGCGCCCCCUGACAGUGUGUGAGCACGGCUGGCGCUGCUGCCUCAUCAACAGAGACAGGAAGACGCCCACAGACUACAUCCGCAACGGAGUCCUCUACGUCACCGAGAAUCAUCUGUGUUUCGAGAGCUCCAGCUCCAAGUCUGGAUCCUCCAAGAGGAACAAAGUCAUCAAGCUGCAUGAAAUCAAAGAAAUCCAGAAGUACAAAGUUUUGUCAGUUCUGCCUGGAUCCGGGAUGGGCAUCUCCAUAGCGACGCCAUCCACCCAAAAGCCGAUGGUUUUCGGUGCGAUGAUGCACAGAGACGAAGCCUUCGACGCCAUCUCCACGCAGUACAAGAAGAUUCUGGCCACGGCCACAGCCACCAGCCAGGAGACAUAGCGACACCUUCACGAGACGGCUGCCUUCACACACACACACACACACACACAUACACUGGACCCGUUUCCUCCUUUUUCACCAGUGACGUCCUCAAACGGCUGCUGACUUCGGUUUGAGGCCGCCGGUCUGCUUUUAUAUGAUUAGCGUUUCCUCAUCUGCCAUCAAUCUAAACAAUUCGGUGACAUUACAUGGGUGACUGACACUAAAACCAGCCGAUUCCGACCAGUCGCCGGUUUCACGUCAGAAUCGACCGAACCAGUAUCAGUCUGUUGUUGUUGAACGGUUUCUUAAGAGAGACCAGUGCGCGUCAGUCCUGAGUCUAAAUUUACGGGAAAUUCUCAAAUAAAUGCUGGUAUUCAAAUAAUAUCUUUCCCCAACAAAUAAAGGUCUGGAAAAGACAAACUGAGCAGGGGUGAAAUCCCCUCUACUAUAAUCGGAGCACUACAUGACCUAUAGAAGAGUCAUGAUUUCAUAGUCACCGCUCUGCUUAACACCGAUACUCUUCUUAUUCACUGAUUAUUUCCUUUUGUUUGGGUUUUUUUUUUUUUUCAAUCCCUGUUAAGGUAUUCUCCAUGGAAAUGCAACCCCUUCCUGUUUCACAUUAAAAGCCUCCCAGCAGUUUCAGAGGGCGCAAUCCCUCCCUUACUUGGCAUGGCUUUUAAUGUGAAAAUAUCUGCAGGGAAACUGCUCAGACAUCAGUCGUCACGUGUCAUGUAACAGGGCUGCAGGUUUGUGUCAUUUCAGGUCACGUCCACCACCCUCGAAAGCUUACUGCGCGAUGGGCCUCGUGAAAGAUCCAGAUGUAAGAACAGAUUUGGUCCUAAGUGGCGCAGGGGAGCGAUAUUCUUUUUUUUUUUUUUUUUUUUAAGGUAAUUUG